GAGGUGUCUGCAUUUUGGGACUAGAAGGGAAGGAACACUUUCCAGGACAGAUUGUGGCUCUAGCACCUGCAUUUCUUUUUAGUGAGUCCUUAAAUUUGAGCAGUGACUGAGAGAGUGGAAAUCCCGGAGAAAUGAGAGACCAUCAUUUCAAGCUUGAAAUAUACCAGAGAUUCAGAUGCACCCGAUGGCGAACUCAGAAUGGGGAAAUCGAACGUCAGUCUCAGAAUUUGUCCUCCUGGGAUUUGGAAAUCUUCUAGAACUGCAGCUUCUUCUCUUCCUGCUGUUUCUAGUGAUCUACAUUGUGACCAUGGCUGGGAACAUCCUCAUUGUUACAAUAGUUGAUCAGCACCUUCACACCCCCAUGUACUUCUUCCUGGGUAACUUAUCCUCCUUGGAGACCUGCUACACCUCCACCAUCCUGCCCAGGAUGCUGGCCAGUCUCCUGACUGGUGAUAGAACCAUGUCAGUAAGAAUUUGCAUCAUCCAAUAUUAUUUCUUUGCUUUUCUGUUAGGUGUCGAGUGUUGCCUCUUGUCUGUGAUGUCUUAUGAUCGGUAUUUAGCGAUAUGCAAACCUCUGCAUUAUGCAGCCCUCAUGAAUGGCAGGCUCUGCCUCCAGCUAGCAGCUGGGUCUUGGAUAAAUGGGCUUCUGGCUAGUAAUAUAAUGACAUCCUUGAUGUCACAGUUAUCUUUCUGUGGCCCCAAUAAAGUUGACCAUUUUUUUUGUGAUUUCACCCCAGUAAAAAAACUGUCCUGCAGCAACACCACGCUGAUGGACAUUGUGGCUUUCCUUAUGACUGCAAUAUUCACCCUGCCCCCAUUUCUAUUGACACUGACAUCCUACAUUUGCAUCAUCACCACUAUCCUGAGAGUUCCUUCCACUAGGAGGAAGAAAGCCUUUUCCACCUGCUCUUCUCACCUCAUUGUUGUGACAACUUUCUAUGGGACGCUGAUGAUUGUCUACAUGCUCCCAGACACCAACACACUGAAGGUCCUUAACAAAGUGUUCUCCAUCCUCUACACUGUUCUGACUCCCAUGGUUAACCCCCUCAUCUACAGCCUGAGGAACAGAGAGGUCAAGGAGGCCCUGAGAAGAGCCAUCAAUGCCUUUUUAAUGUUCAUGGGAAUUGAGAGGAGGUCAAAUUCAAGGGCUUGUGUACAAGGGGAAAAAGCCCAGUGUGGUGAUUGCAAAUAGGUAUUGGUGUGGAAUGGUGGCAUCAGUGCAGAAUAGCUAAUGCAGUGUAAAUUCACACCCUAGCUAUUUUGUAAUAACUUCCCGCGGAAAACCCAUUUUGUAUAAACGCUGCAAUUGUUUCAUCUUAGAGAGAAAAUGGGGAACCUCUCCAC